UUCAGACAUUUUGGAUUUUGUAGUCUUAGUCUUAUCAACAAAUUCAAUUGUAUAAUAACAAAUCCGGUAACUACUAUACUAAGAAACAAAACUUUACAUGCAUGUUUGACCAGCCCCGGCCCAACAGUUGUACCCACCAAUAUUUCCUAGUUAGGGUAAAAGAAAACCCACCAAUAUUUUCUUUAUAUAUAUAAGAUAAUAUAUACUCAGCAAAACAAAUACUGCAUAACAAAAAAAAAUGAAUAUCACAAGAAUUUUCGGUGUAGUCACCAUCGUCGUCAUUCUCUACUCCGUGCAAGUUACAGCACAAUUAUUCGGAGAUGUUCAACAGGCAAUGCGAUGUGUAUCAAAACUGUUGCCAUGUCAACCGUACAUUCACUUGUCGAUUCCUCCGCCGCCGUGGUGUUGCAAUCCGAUGAAACAGAUCGCUGAGCAAGAUGUGUCGUGUCUAUGCACCGCCUUCAAACAUCCAGACUUGCUUAGGUUCCUUGCUCUCACCAAAGAGAACGCUCUUAAUCUCCUUAACUCAUGUGGUAUUAAUCAUGAUUUGUCACAGUGCAACAAGAUUAAUCCUUCUUCGCCUGCUGCGUUGCCUGAAGCUGCGACCAGCGGGAAUUCUGGCAGCACCAAGAAAAAUGCAGCUCUAUCCAUCAGUUUUUUGGGAUUUAGCUUUGUAUAUGCUUUUCUCGGGAUGAUCUUCUUUUGAUUUUUCUUUGUAAUUCUCAG